UCUGUCUGUCUGUCUGUCUGUCUGUCUGUCUGUCUUUAAAUGGAGUGCUAAGUUGCAAAUAACUUGUUUCCCAGUCUGUGUAGCGCUUUGCUGAGAGUAAGCGUGAAACUAACAUUUUCACAACCUUUUACUGUCCCUGUGUGAUCUGCCAAAGGUGUGCUGCUGUUGAACCAUGGCUUAAAACUGAUUGAAAGCUAUUUGGAGUUUACUCCUCAGAAGAGCCAUUUCACGUUAGUUCAUCUGUCCGGAUCAAUCAAAACCAAUGAGAAAAGUUGGAUGGUGGUUCAGAUUGGAGGUCUCAAACGCUGUGGUGUUGGUCUGUCUCUGAGAUUGGAAGUCACCGUCUGUGGAAAUAAAUAUUGUUUUGCCUGAAUGAAGAUACAUUUUUCCUUUCUGUGAUUCUCAGGGAUUUCACGAUUGACAACUUCAAUUGACAUCAUUAUCAAUAUUUAAAUCAUUUGAUUAGUAAUUUAUAUCUCAAAUAUACUAUGAGAAAAAUAAAACAAUUUAGAUAGUCUUUUCACAGUUGCAGUGAUGCACUAAACUGUGCUAUAAUUUUUUUUUUAAAGAGCCUAUAUUCAUGGAUGAAACAUGAAAAACGGCUCAAGCCAGCAUUGGCCCAGACAGAAGGUCUCAGUCUCUUGGGUAAAAUUGUUCUCUUGAGAUGCUGUGCUACAUUCAAUUCUCACUUGAAUUGCGCUAAUGCAGUCUCUUCCACUCAGGCCUGCAAUGAAAUCAAUGGCAUGCUUCUUUAUGAAGCAUGCCAUUAAAUCUUUGAGGGAUCUUUUUCCUUUUUCUCAAGGUGCUUCAGAUACAUUUUUAUGUACCGUCAUAUUUGGCCCACACUCCAGCUAGCUUUGCAGUGGCAUUUAGUCAGAGUCUGCAAUCAAAGGUAACACCAGCAGUGUGGAGAGUGGGGCUAGAAGUAAUCAGACACCCACGCGUUCUAACCCACAGACAAUGCUGUACACUGGGAUGAGCUGCCAUGGAAACAUGCUUGGAUUUAUUGAGUUCGUUCUACUUGUGAUGCUCUUCCGUGCCCAUAUUCUGUUGUCUAUAUGUCUGAUUUAAACCCUUCUAAUGUGAUGCUCCCGGAUACCCGGCUUGGCUUUGAUGGACAUUGCCACAACUUGGUUUGGAGGCUAACAGAGCUAAACUCCCAUUGGUUGCCCUGAAAAAUGCUCCUCCUGAAAGGCUAUGUAAAUAAACAGGUCUUGAGUUAGCUACUUUCCUGGUCAGUAGACUACUUGCUAGAUUAGUGUUAAGAUAAUUUCAUUAAGAUGGAAUUUUGGCGAUAUCCAUUUAGAGGCAAUCCUGAGUUGCUGCAUGUCUCUUGCAUUAGACUCCUUCAGCCUGUGCAGGUCAUAUGGUUAUGUUUAUCUCUUUUCAUUCCUUCUUUAAAUUCCAUCAUUGAUUUAUGGAAUUCGUCUAGGUUUCGGCCUUGUCUUCUCUGUCAUUGUUCUAGUCCUAGCCUCCCUCUAUUCAGUUUCCAAGCUGCCAUCCCUUUCUGCAUGAGAAGUGCCCUUGAGCUCAGUGGGUGUCUGUCACUCACAAUAUCCCCCUCAGUGUCUCCAGCCCAGCUGCACUGCUGGUGCACAGCCCACCCUCCAAACCCAGUCGCCUCCGUUCACGCAGCCCCGUCCAGUCGCCUCCGUUCACGCAGCCCCGUCCAGUCGCCUCCGUUCACGCAGCCCCGUCCAGUCGCCUCCGUUCACGCAGCCCCGUCCAGUCGCCUCCGUUCACGCAGCCCCGUCCAGUCGCCUCCGUUCACGCAGCCCCGUCCAGUCGACUCCGUUCACGCAGCCCCGUCCAGUCGCCUCCGUUCACGCAGCCCCGUCCAGUCGCCUCCGUUAACAGUGCACGCCAUGCUUUGUCUUCACCUCAUGAAUAAUCACUAACCUGAAAACAGAUGUUGUUUCUCGUCUGAGAAAUGUUGUUCAACUGGGAUGUUUCAAGGCCUCAUCACACAAGGUCUGCCCGUCCUCGGGACAGGCUGAGGCCCAACCAAGAGCCAAGGGCAAUACUGGGAAUCCAGUGAGCUUUCCCUCACAUAAUAUAGGCUAGGAGCUUGAUGGAGAAAUGGGUUGUAUACCACACUUCUCCCUAGAGGAGAUGAUGAUGAAUCUAUAUAGCUACAAUGCUUAUAGUAUUACAUUUUUCUUUGUAGUGGAUAAAGUAUAAUUUAUUUCAGUUACCUAAGUUAUUGUACUUCCUUUUGUAUAUUUUCACAACACUAUUUAUUUGUUGAAUGGCCUUAGUACCCUGGGUUUAACUGUAUAACGCUCUUGACAUUUAACCUUAAAUUCUAUGCAACCUGUUGUUCUCUGGCUCUAGCGUAUGGUAAUUAAUCAUUCAAAUCUCCUUUUCUCAUAACGCAUGUUGUGAAGCGUCAGCACUAGGUCGACCUUGGCUUUUUCUCUCGUGUGCCGUCGCAGGUUUUUUUCUUCUUCGUUUAUGCUUCGAUUAUUGUACUCUUAUUGAGCAGCUCGACGCUGAUCUCCCCACUCUGAGGCCCUAGUACCUCCGUCUCUCUGAGUGUUAACCAGUGUUAGUGUGAGCUACUGUACGCCAGCAGUGACAAAGAGCCCGGACAGCGGCUGUCUGCUUGUCCCAACACAGAGCCAAAGUGGCUGGGAUCAAAAGGGGGAGGAGGAGAUCACGACCAUUGUUUUUACAGCCCCUUCUCUAGUUGGGAACUUAAGAGUUCGGUUAUCUAGAGCUUACAGCAUAGCUUUGUUGUUUGUCCUAGUGUUUUAUUAUUGUAGAGGUUAGUUGAGCCUGAACUCGGUAAUGGUAUACAGACGGUUUACCUCUGAAACCGCCCUCCUGCCUCCCCAAUUUGCCGUAGCUUGUUACACUUUGUUGUCUGCCGGUGAAGGAUGAUCCCAACUAACUGAAAUGCCUGGCAACUGUAACUAAGGGGCAGGCAUGGCUGGGCAUGGUCAUUGGUCGGAGCAAUGGACAGGGGGCUAGAGAAGGGGAGAGGGGAAGCAAAAUGGGGAGGAGGGGGUUAGUUAAUAGAAAAUGGACAGAGAUUAGCUUAGUCAUUUCGUAAUAGGGAACAUGUCCAAAUUUAGCUCUCUGAAAAAAGAGAUGGUGAGAGAGAGACUGAGUAUUGUGGCUGGGUUGAGAGAGGACCUCAGGUGGAGCCUAAAUGGGAGUGGGUAGAGAGAGAGACACUGUAUGAGAAGGAGGGGGUAGAGAGUGAGCGGGUGUAUGAGAGGGAGGGGCAGAGCAUGGUUCAGAGAGACCGAGAAAGCCAGGGAGGGAGGGAGUGAGUGCCAGAGAGAGUGUGUGUGCAGGGUAGAGGGAGUGUGCGGAAGACAGGGAGAGCGCGAGCGAAGGGAAAGGGAACUGUAAGCCAGUCACAGUAUCUCCUUCCCACUGCGCCAGCGGUGAUGGACAGCUCCUCUCCUCACCGCUCUUCAAAAGGUUCCUAUUUAUUUUCAGUAGUGUUAGCUUUGUCUUCUGUACUUCACUCCAGGAAAUUGUAUUUUUGUCUGUUCAGUUAUUUAUUUGUCGUAAGCUCAGUUUGACUGGGGAAAUGAGAGGAGACAGAGGACAGCACUGAAACUGGGACUGUCUCUGUACUGGUGGAGUGGUUUGUCUUUUUUUUUUGUGCCUGGGGUUUUGCUACGAGGUGCAGACGUAUUGGGUGGAAGAAAGAGUCGAAAGGCCAGAAAGCCAUACCUCCCCUAAACAAAAAGCUCAUUUGAAUGGACAUGUAUUGAAAGGAGUAGUAUUAUCAAUAGUGGAAACGAGGGGAGGCUGAUGUAAAGCGCUUUCACCCGUAGCUAUUUGGGGAAUGUCACUGGCAAAACAGAACCAAAAACAAGUUGAAGGGAUAAAGAAGUGGAAUACAGAUCCCACACCCAUCGCAGAGUGCGUCCUGAAAAGGAUUUCUAAGGCGACACAGUCAGAGGAGCUGAGACACUCAGAUGGCCUUUACCGGCUCUAGUACCCAUUGAUUGGGAUUGUGUGGAAGACUCUUGGCAACUCCAAAAUUCUUUGCCUCAAUCUUCUUUACAACCAGCCUUUGCCUCUCACAACCUUGGGGACGAAAGUUUCCGAAAAGUGUGUGGAUUGGGAUUUCAGAGAUCAAAGCUUGAUUUGUGUCUCCAGCGUGCGUGGGCGCUCGCGCACACACAACAGAAUACGGAUUUUGCUGCGCCUCGUUUAGUCUCUCUGACUGGAGAGCAUUGUAAACAUAAUUCCCCCAGUGCUCUGUGGAACGAGAGCUGUGACAUUAACACCCGCCGAGAGCCCAGUGUUUUUCUAGCAUGUCUGUGUUUUGAUUCGGACAAUAGCUGAGCAUACAUGGGGUCAAGACUCGCUACUCCAAAAUAAGAGGAUGCAUACAACAAGACUGAAAAUGAACUGCUGCAAGCCAGACUUUAGAAGGGACUUUAUUGGAGGUAAAAACCAAACACAAUGGCUAAUGUGGAUGUAAAUACUACUAUGACUUCUGGAUUUUCCCAUCUGCUCUUUUUCUGCUGAACAAGCUAUUUGAAAGCCAAAAUGGCAUUCUUGUGGUAACAGUAAAUGUUUUAACACUAUUUUCUCUUAUCAAUAGUCUCAAGAUAGGAGUCACAUGCUCUUUGUCUUAUUUAAUCAGCAGUAGGAUCUGCACCGUGUCUGCCUGCAUGCUUCUUCCCCACAUGUCAACUACCCUACACCUCCUGUGCUUUUUGCCCUUGUGAGGACAGCCCCUGCCCUCAUCCCCUAGCCGCCCAGAGGCAGGAGAUGUGGCCAGGGACUCUCAGGGACCGCAGUGGGGAUCCCUGCCGCUGGGAUAGAUGCUUGGUGUAACGUCGGCCGACCUUUUUGUAUUUGUGGAGGCAAUAUAUAUUUUUCUUUCUUCAACAAUAACCCCACUCGCUCUAAGCAUGACUGAUCGGAAAAAGAGAGCUAAGCUGGUACUCUUGUUUUCCUGUGGGCUGUAUUGAUUUUCGUCAGUCAGUGUUCAUUUGAUUGAGACCCAACUAUGUGAGAGCAGAGGUGAAAGAGAGAGAGAGGCUAGAGCUCUGUUUGCUGUGGGAGGCUACAGACAGACAGCAGGGGCGGACCGGUCUCCAGUUACAGACCAUCUGCAUCGCAGGUGGCACAGCACAAACCUGACCCACCAGGACCGCGCCCACAACAAUGAAUCAGUCAGCGCUGACAACAGACCUGGUGCCCACUGCCAACAGCAGCCUUGUGGGCCCGGACCCCAACCACUCCUGCCCCCUGGGCUGGGGCCAGAAUGAGGGCCUGGAGGCCUGCGUCUUGGAGACUGCCGUCAUCGUGCUACUGACAGUGCUCAUCAUCGCUGGAAACCUGACGGUGAUCUUCGUGUUCCACUGCGCCCCCCUGCUGCACCACUACACUACCAGCUAUUUCAUCCAGACCAUGGCCUAUGCUGACCUGCUGGUAGGCCUCAGCUGCCUGGUGCCCACCUUGUCCCUGCUGCACUACCCGGCCGGUGUCCAGGAGCCCAUCACCUGCCAGGUCUUCAGCUACGUCAUCUCGGUACUCAAGAGUGUCUCCAUGGCCUGCUUGGCCUGCAUCAGCGUGGACCGCUACCUGGCCAUCACCAAACCCCUGUCCUACAACCAGCUGGUGACGCCGUGCCGGCUACGUGGCUGCAUCGCCCUCAUAUGGGUCUACUCCUGCCUGAUGUUCCUGCCCUCCUUCUUUGGCUGGGGCAAGCCGGGCUACCACGGAGACAUCUUUGAGUGGUGCGCCCACUCCUGGCCCACCUCGGCGCUCUUCACAGGCUUUGUGGUGUGUCUGCUGUACGCGCCCGCUGCCCUGGUGGUCUGCUUCACCUACUUUCACAUUUUCCGCAUCUGCCAGCAGCACAACCGGGAGAUCAGUGAGAGGCGGGCACGCUUCCCCAGCCAGGAGAUGGAGGCCGGGGAGGGUGGUGGCAGUGGCAGCGGCGGGGGGCACCACACGGGUCACGGGCCUGACCGGCGCUACGCCAUGGUGCUCUUCCGCAUCACCAGCGUCUUCUACAUACUCUGGCUGCCCUACAUCAUCUAUUUCCUUUUGGAGAGCUCCCACGUGCUGGACAGCCCCGCCCUGUCCUUUGUAACCACCUGGCUGGCCAUCAGCAACAGCUUCUGCAACUGCGUCAUCUAUAGCCUGUCCAACAGUGUAUUCCGCCUGGGCAUGCGCCGCCUCUCGCAGACACUCUGCUCCUUCAGCCACUGUGCAGCCGACGACAGGGACUUUGGAGAACCCAAACCCAGGAAGAGGCCAAAGUCCUGCUCCAUCUGAGGAGUUGCAGGCUAUUGUUAAAGAAGCCACACAAUUCAAAGGUUACGUCUUUACAAAGCUGCUGACCAUUCAAUUGACAGGGCUGUCCCAAAGAAAAAUUAUUUAGGCUCUGAUGGUUUGUUUGAAGAAUACCAAUAACUUUGCUGUAGUCAUGCCAAGUCAUGAUUUAUGGGCAAAAAUGUGAUUGCUGAGAGAAGCUAGAUUUUUGUAAAUGUUUAGUUUCUGAACAAAUAAGUGGAUGAGAGAUUGGCACUACAUUUUGACUUUAGACCUGCGAAGUGGGGUUUAGCUGGUAAAUCAAAGUUUAUUGGUCGCUUACACAGUUUAGCAGGUGUUAUAGCAGGUGCAGUGAAAUGCAUGUUACUAGCUCCUAACAGUGCAGUAAAAUAUCAAACAAGGACAAACAAAACCAAAAAAAAACAUGUCAGAACGAAUCAAAUUAACUCCAAUAUCA